AGUUUUCCUCCCGAACCAGACUUGAAUCGAAUCGCUUAUCAUCUCUUUCGCACUUCUCGCACUUCUUGUACCUCUGUAUGUUUUGAGGCUGAGGCCUUGGGCCUUUUUCUGCGUCGCCCAAGCUUGUCAGCAUGUACAUUCCAGACGACCUCCGGCAUUUUGGCGCCCGUCAGAACGGGCCGGCCAGCGACCCAAACACGGAGAAGAGCAGCGACAAUGGCGGGGACCACACUACGAACAAGAAGAACAAUAUCUUCAUUAUUUGUGCUGCCUGUAUCAUUUUCGUCCUGUCAUUCAUCUUGAUGCUCUAUUUUGUACUGCGGACCCUUCGCCGAAUGGAAUGCCGCCCGAAAUAUAUACCCGGAAAGUUCCUUAAGGAUCGAUGGAAUCGAUGGAACGUGGGUGUCACGUAUGGACAGGUGCCGGAUGGAUCUUCGACCAACAAUUCCGGAAACGCCUCGACUGAAGCACCCCCAGAAGGAGGCUCUGAAAUGCACACCACCAAUACUGCGGUUCGACGAGAAACUUCAAUCCGGUCUAUUAUCACCCUUCCUCCAUAUUCUGCGAGUCCCAAACCAACAGAACAGGUCAUUGCUCGGGAGGGCGAACGAGAGGGUAUGGAUGUCGUGGUCGAAUUCCCUGAAACUGCCGAGGAGGAGGAAGAGCGCAGAGAAAACUUGAUGGAGUCCUUGUACCAGGUUCGCUUGCAACGAAGACAGGAGCUAGCCGAACGGGAGCAGCGGCGACAGGAGCGUCGUGAGGCUCGUGCUCAGGGAGAUCAUGCCCGCCUUGAACAGCUACGAAUGCAGAGUCGGGUGCGCGCACAGAGUCGAUCAUCUGCCAACGCUAGUAAUUCGACCCUUAGCGCGACGCUUGCAGAAAGUCAGGGUCGUGGUCGCGACAGGCGUAUUUCCAGUGUUUCAUAUGCCGAGGUAGGAUACGUCCGUCACGACGGAUCGCGUGUUCGAGCCUCGUCACCCGAUUCAGAUCGUCGACCUCUCCUCACAGAUGCUACUGGCAUGGGCUCCGAAGCUGCCGAUCGCUCCUCGGGCUCGAUUCUCACCGGCAUUCACUCUCGAGGUGAAUCAUAUUCGUCCUUCCAGUCCGGCGCCACCACCAUUUCCGAAGCCGACACUCUGACUCAGGUUCGGUCUCACGCGACUUCUACUCACUCUCUUGGGCAGCCUAUUCCAGGCCCGGAAGAUGGUGGUGACGUCGGCGCCCUCCACAUCCCGCCUCCGGAUUACGAAGACCUCGACUGGGGAGAGGCUCCUCCUUAUCAAAGUCCAAUCGCUGAACGAGGCGAACAUGCGCCUCAGCUGCGGGAAUUGACUCCCUUACCUACAAUCCAUAUCGAUGCUGCCAGCCCCAUCAGCAAUACUCCCACAACACCUACCAAUCCUUUGCGAGCAGAAGAGGUUCCGACAAGACAUGCACCCGUGGUAGAAAGUCCUGAUGUGGACCGUCCACUUGUUGAGCUAUUGAUGGAGGGUCACUCGGUCACGGAUGGCUCGCAUACUCGCCCAGCCUCAAACACAUAAAUGCCCUGUCGACCGCCCGCUGCGUGCCGAUAAAGUCUGCAUAUAUUGGAACUGCUAAACCUGAUCGUGCCUUGUGACGACUAUGACCAUUUACGACUUCUAGAUUCUUGGCAUUUAUUCUUUUAAUCUCCUUUGGGCACACUGGUUUGUCCUCAUCCUCUGCACUUUUGUUAGCCAGCACGGCGUUAAGCUUAGGUGACACCAUAUUGUUGAUUGACUUGUUUCGACACAUUGCCUUUGUACAUUUACAAUCCGGAAGGAUAGGAAGCGCUGGCCUUAAGCACCAGGGGCGCGCUUUGCAUUUCACAUUGUCUGCACAUAUUACAGGAGGGUGAUCUGGGCGGAGUCUUAUAUUAUAUUUGUUAUUUGUUUGAAUAUUCAAAACAAAUGAACGUGAUCACAAUAGCAGU